ACCCCUUUCACCCCAUAUCUAGAAGUCAGAAAAAGAUGUGCGGCAUCCUCGCCAUACACGGGCUGGACAACCCGGCCUCUCAGCGUGCACAUGCUAUCGCAAUGUCGAAACGGUUGAGACAUCGCGGGCCCGACUGGUCGGGCUGCUUUGUCGGAAAAGACUCUAUCCUCGUCCAUGAGCGGUUGGCCAUAGUCGGUGUUGAUACCGGUGCUCAGCCAUUGACUAACAAGUCGGGCGACCUUGCUCUCUGUGUCAACGGCGAGAUUUAUAACCACGUUGCGCUUCGCAAGGGCCUCAAAAUGCCGCACAAAUUCAAGACACACUCUGACUGUGAGGUUCUUCUGUAUCUGUACACUGAGCACGACACGGGGUUAUGCAACAUGCUCGACGGCAUGUUCUCCUUUGCCCUGAUCGACAACUCUCGCACUCCUUCCCGUAUCGUCGCUGCUCGUGACCCGAUCGGCAUCACCACUCUCUAUCAGGGCUGGUCCUCUUCUCAGCCCGGGGUCGUCUUCUUCGCUUCAGAAUUGAAGGCACUCGCAGACGACUGCGAUAAAAUCAUCUCCUUCCCCCCUGGUCACGUAUACGACAGCGCAACCGGGAAGACGGAACGGUAUUUCAACCCGACGUGGUGGGAUACGGACAGCACAAAGCCCGUGCCAACGACCAAGGUGGAUCUCAAGCUAUUGCGCGAGACGCUCGAGGCGGCCGUAAGGAAGCGCCUCAUGUCCGAAGUGCCUUACGGCGUGCUUCUGAGCGGCGGGCUCGACAGUUCGCUUAUCGCGUCGAUUGCUGCGCGAGAGACGGAUAAAGUCGCGCAAGAACUGAUGCAGCGCAGGCAACGGCACCUGCUUGUGAACGGCUCGUCUACUCCCACCCAUGGGCCGGAGGAGUACCCAAUUGCCUCAUGGCCCCAACUUCACUCAUUCUCUGUCGGCUUGCCUAACUCGCCCGAUCUUCUCGCUGCACGCAAGGCCGCCGCCUUCCUCGGGACGAUCCACCACGAGUACACGUUUACUGUUCAGGAAGGCCUGGACGCGCUCGAGGACGUCAUCUACCAUUUGGAAACGUACGACGUGACCACAUGCCGCGCAUCGACGCCUAUGUACCUCCUGAGCCGGAAGAUCAAGGCAAUGGGUGUGAAGAUGGUCCUCUCCGGUGAGGGGUCAGAUGAGAUCUUUGCUGGCUAUCUGUACUUCCACGCUGCACCUACGCCGGACGACCUGCACGUCGAGUGUGUCAAGCGGGUCAAAAAUCUGCACACCUCUGACUGCCUUCGUGCGAACAAGUCGACCAUGGCUUGGGGGCUCGAAGCACGUGUGCCGUUCCUCGACAAAGCCUUCCUCGAGGUGGCGAUGAACAUCGACCCUGUGGAGAAGACAUUUGGGAAGAAGGAGUAUGACGAGGAUGGAAGGCCGAAAAUGGAGAAAUAUAUUCUGCGCAAGGCGUUUGAUUGCGCCCCGGACGGGAAGGCAUACUUGCCGGACUCGAUCCUGUGGAGGCAGAAAGAGCAGUUCUCCGAUGGUGUUGGGUACUCCUGGAUUGAUGGAAUGAAAGAACACGCCGAGGGGCUCGUGAGCGACGAAGCGUUUGCCAAGGCCGAACAGCGGUGGCCAGUCGACACUCCCGAUACCAAGGAAGCGUACAUGAUCCGCGAGAUGUUCGAGCGUCUAUUCCCCACGGAAGCUGCAGCGUCCACGGCUGUCCGGUGGAUCCCCAGAAAAGACUGGGGUUGCGCUACCGACCCGAGUGGACGGUCUGUAACCAUCCACAAAGCGGCAUACGAUGCCCCUGAGGACGCCUGAACUUAAUGUAUUUGGUCAGCCAUACCUUGAAGAACAGUCGAUUUGGUAACAAAUGCACAUUCCCCUCGGUACCGGCCGACUUAGAUUAUAACGUACGAUACUUAGAGCAUCUGAUGAGCGGAGUACAUGACGGGGAGGGGUUACGUGUAGUAUGUAGGUAGCGGGGUAGUAAUGAAUGAGUUAAGGUUGUUCUUGCAGCUCUGGUAUGAAGCGGCAAAAAAAAGGAAAACAGAUCUGAGAAGGUAGGGAAAACGUAUAAUAACGAUUGACAGGAAUGGGCAGUGCCAUUAGAUAUACCUUCCAGAUAGGGAGUGUUGGAGCCGGCUGGGGCUAGGUUAAGAUUACAUCAUAUUGAGCUUGUUGAUAGACGGGUUGGCAGCGAUGAUCUGCCGGUAGAGGCCAACGCCAGAGUCCUCGCUCGGUGCGUUGGAGUACUUUGUAGUCCUGACACUCUCAGGAACGGGAGUCGUCUCCUUCCGAGUAGUACCGGAGGAGACAGUGCUGGAAGGCGGCGUAUUCUGCGCUUUCCGAGCAGUGGCAGUCGUCAGCCUAGCAGCGGAAUUCGGGUUACUUCCCCAAGGCGGACGCUGGGGUUUCUCCUCGUUUGACCCGUUCGCAGGCCGGCGCACGGGACCGUGGGUUCUGCUCAUCGGCCGGCCAGCGAUAGGCGGGUGGUCGGGAUUCCUAAGCCUAUUCCCGAAUUUCGCGUUCGCAGGUGAGUCCCGCGUGUACGCCCCGACAGCGCUCUUCCGAACAGCACCAGGUCGUCCGGUGGCCGGAGGCGCAGAAGCGGACAACGGGGCGCGCUUGACGGUGAUCUUGUCUGCUCCCCAGUAUGAGAACGACAUUUUGGACUUGCGAUCCGAUUCGUCUGAGUCCAUUCCGUCGUCAUCGGCGUUCAGGCCAGCAUCGGCAAUCGCUUCCUGCGUAAGCUUCGCAUGGGUUUUGCUAACAUCUUCCAUAGAUACCGCGCCCACCUUUGGCACAGGAUCCGCAUCUGGAUCGGCAGACAUAGCCCAAGUCUCAAUCUUCACAAACUUGUACAAGUUCCUCGGUUUUGUCUGCUGAGCCCGUUUCGCGCCUGUCGACCCGAACUUUCCCUUCCCGCCAAGAUCAGGCACGCUCGCGCUCUUCCCCGGUACGCCGAGCCCAGUAGAACUAGCAAGAGGAAGCGUUGUGACCCCCGUCCUCUGACACCGGAGCGCAACAUCGUUGAACGUAACGAGCCAGAGGUCUUUCUUGCUCCCCAUAGCAGGCGUAGCACCGAGCACGUUCUCGCUCAGUCUCCUAAAGCUCGUUUUCUGCUUCACGCUCCUGCUGGGCAAACUCUGAGUCUGGCUCUGGGCGGCAAACGCACCGGGCGCAUCGCGGGAAUCGGUUGAGCCGGGGACGUCGAUCGGGGAUUCUUUGACGAGUACACGGCUAGCUUUAGGCGCUGCGAGCAGUUUGUUCUUCUCCAAACCCUCGAUGCGUGCCAAUACGUCCCUCGUCCGAUCGCGCUCUUCCUUGAGGAUCUUCUCGUCCUCUAUCGAACGGACGAUCUCCUCCACUUCGGCAACCAUGAGUAGCGUGCUCUCGUAUUCGUACGUGCUGGGAUCGGUGUGGAAGAGCAGGUUUUGGAAGAGGAGGGGGUAUUUGAGUAGCCGCUGGAAGGGCUUUGAGAGACAGAUCGACAGUCCUGUCUCGCCUUUAUCCGCUGCGCUCUCUUCCAAGCGCUGGAGGAUCUUGGAAAUCCGCAUCCAUUCCACUGCAUCCUGCUUCUUGGGCUUCUUCUUAACGUCCGUGCUGAGGAACGCGUCUGCCUGCUCGAGUGCACGCUCAAGGUGCAAGACGUAGGUUGCGUAUUCGCGGAGGAUAUGACUCUGCUGGAUAAACACGUCCGCCAAACUCCUCACAAGCGGGUACUGCUCCUCAUACCUCCUUUUCAGCCCCUCAGAGAGAGCAACAUGACCACCCAAGAUCCCGCGCUCGAGGACGGUGAGGCACUCUCUGAGGUCCUCCGGGAGCGCUUGGGGGGAGAGCGAGGGCGAGGUGGGGUCGGAGGAUGGGGAAGGGCGUUUUUUCAGUUUGUGGAUUAUGCGCGACGCUGGGGUGGGAGUGCGCGGGGAGAGGGAGACGGUCGACACUGGGCCUUGGCCUGCCGAGGGUUGGGAACGAGGUGGGGGUGGGAGAGACUGG